AUGAACGAACGGACACCCGGACAUAUAAUGGUGGAGUCGAAUAUCUCUAGCGGGUUGCAGAGGAGACGGUCGCCGCGGCUGAGCUCCCCUCCUCUGGCUAAUAGACAAACCGAAAACAAAAUGGCGCAGGGCUCCGUUCAUGUUAAACGCUCGAUCGUGGUGAGGAAGAUAGCGCCUAGGAAAACGGCUGCACCCUCGGAUCACAACAAGGAGAACACGCCACGGCGAUCGGAGUCACAAAGCGCCGAGCUGAAGAAGCAGAAGGUCUCGCCCACAGGUGCUGACUCGCGCCGCCGGAGCUCCUCCUCGGCUAAGAAGGAGAAGAAGGCGGCAGCUAUGCCGUCGCCGAUCCUUCCGUCAUCCCCGCCGCCUUCUCGCCCUCAGCAGCCGGCGAUGGACGCAGCGGACGAGGUGUGGUCGCAGAAAGUACGGCGCUCUUACAGUCGGCUCAGCGACAAGUCCUUCAGCAGCCCCGACCCCCGAGAAACUUUAUUCGGCUUCGAGAAGCUAAAGACCCCGGAGGUCCGCGCGGUCGGGCAUUCCAAAAGCGCGCUGGAAGCGUGCGGAUCCCUGUCUGCUCUGAACUCCUUCACCAGCUUGCUUGAGGCGGAGGACAGUAGCUCAGCUCUCCUCGAGCCUUAUCCCAACAUCCCCGGAGUGGCCGUGGUGAAGGAGAGGAGGAGGAGGAGGAGGAGGAGGAAGGUGCAGCAGAUAGACAGCGGCGAGCUGGAGGCGCUGGCGGCCAAGAUGAACGCAGAGUUCGAGCAGGCGGAGGAGUUUGAUCUGGUGGUGGAGUAAAGUGACACUCAUGGACUCGGAAGGACUGUCGUCACUCUGACAGGUUCAUAAAACUCACACGUGGCAUCAUACGCCAACACUGGACUCUUGCAUUGUUCCAAAAACUUUUUAAUGCUCGGUUGUUGAUGGUUGUUCAUGCUCUUAAAGUGGUUCUGAAACAUGGUGAUGAUGAAUAAAUAACAGAUUCACAUGUGUAUGUAUGUGUGUGUGUGUGUGUGUAUAUAUAUACACAUACAUACACAAUUAUUCCACUUGUGCUGUUUCAAAAUAGUUUUAUCUAAAAUCAUAAAAUCUCACUAUUUAGUUUCUUCUGAUUUGGUAUCAAGAGUUCAGUUUUUAGUUUGAAAAAUUAUACAUCCCAACAUGUAUCGGUUUAAUCCAGAUUUGAUUGAAAACUGUAGUUAUCGUAAGAGGUGUGAUCAACAGUUUGUCUCAUCAAAGGCUGGUAGUUGUCAGUGUUCUUUGACUCUUAUCUCACUUUCUUAAAUAUCUGUGCUUUUGUAAAUAAACUCUCAACCUGUUAAACUGCCAUUAGACCCAUUAGUAGUAUCCAUCGUACACACAUGAAGUUGUUAAACUGCUGUGUACGCUACGCACAAUUUAACAACUUCAGUUUAGAUUGAUUUAAAUCCUGUGUCAAUAAUCAGCUCAACGUAUUCAAGGGUAAAUCAUUAAACUGUUGAACGUGA